UUGUCAAAUAACAAAUGUCACUUGUCAAAUGUCAACGUGAACGCACAGUUGAAACGUGUCUUGUCGAUGUUGUGAGAUUGCUGAUUUUUUCACUAUAGUCAUAAAAUGUGUAGUUUAAACUAAUAUAUUUAUACAUUUUUGUCAAUAAAUCUAAUGUAUAUUGUCUCUGUGCUACUAUAAAAAUCUUCGAAAUGGUUCUACUGAGUAACGACGAAUUUCUAGCUGAACUCACCAAGUUAUUCCAAAAAGCACGGCCCGCCGGUUCUGUAACUAUGACAAUGAAACGAUAUGACGGAAGAAAUAAACCGAAUCCACGGGACGGGACUCCAGCAGUAAAAGAUCCUGAAUACAAAUGUUUGAUCAGAGCACAAUCUAGAAGUAAGAAGAUAUCUACAGUCAUAGAGCAAAGAGAUGUUGAGCAAUUCAGUACUGCCUACUCUAACCUACUAAAGACUAGCAUCAACGGACUGAAACGAUUGAAGAAGCAGAAGAAAAAAGGCGAUGGCAACCCAAUAGUGCUAGGCAGUUGCGGAUAUGUGUCAAGAGACUGAUUGAAAUGUACAUAAAGUGUUUGUGAACAUAAUGUGACUUGUUUAUGAUACCACUAUGUUAUCCUAGCUGUGAGACAAGGUCCAUUGAACUGUGCUCUUCUCUCGCGAGUGAGGUUGAAGAGUUGGAGCCUUGACUGCCAUUGCUAGUGGAGGCUCAGUUUACUCAUUGACCAUAUGUCCUAUGCAUUUUAUAUUCAACAAAUUUGUGUACAACAAUUGUGCAAAUAAAUACAUGAAUGGAG